UGGGGGCGAAGGACUUGGCUCGGAGCGCUGAGCUGGCCCGCGGAACGUUGAGGCUUCUCUUUUGGAACGUUGAUACACUUUGGAACGUUCGCGGUUUCCUGCGGCGCCAAGGCGAGGCCCGCGCCGGUUCUCUAAGGAGCAGCGGCUCCAGGAAGACGGGUUGUUGUUUUGAGUCCCACUGGCGGGGCCCUGCGGGGUUUCGGUGAGCGAUCUGCUCGGUGUCCGCAGUUCGAUGGUUUGUUCCGACCGAAAUGAGCCGCCCGUCCUCCGCCGGACCCAGUGCUAACAAACCUUGCGGCAAGCAGCAGCAGCAGCACGCGCCAUCCCCGGCUGCUGCCCCCGCCGCCAGCACCACCGCCGCGGCCGCCACCAUCUCUGCUGCCGGAGCCCGCUCCUCCCCCCCUCCCGGCCGGGCCGCUGUGAUCUCGAGCCCUGGAGGAGGGGAAAGCAGCGGGGGGCCGGUCUCGCCUCAGCACCACGAGCUGACCUCGCUGUUCGAGUGCCCGGUGUGCUUCGACUAUGUGCUGCCCCCGAUCCUGCAGUGCCAGGCCGGGCACUUGGUGUGCAACCAAUGCCGGCAGAAGCUGAGCUGCUGCCCCACAUGCAGGGGAUCCUUGACCCCCAGCAUCAGGAACUUAGCGAUGGAGAAAGUGGCCUCGGCAGUCCUUUUCCCUUGCAAGUAUGCUACCACAGGCUGUUCCCUGACACUCCAUCAUACAGAAAAGCCAGAUCAUGAAGACAUUUGUGAAUAUCGUCCUUACUCCUGCCCAUGUCCAGGGGCAUCAUGCAAAUGGCAAGGCUCCUUGGAAGCUGUUAUGUCUCAUCUAAUGCACGCUCACAAGAGUAUCACAACCCUUCAAGGAGAAGACAUUGUCUUUCUCGCCACAGACAUUAACUUGCCGGGAGCUGUUGACUGGGUGAUGAUGCAGUCAUGCUUCGGCCAUCACUUUAUGCUGGUUUUGGAGAAACAGGAGAAGUAUGAAGGCCAUCAACAGUUCUUUGCCAUAGUUUUGCUCAUUGGCACUCGCAAACAAGCAGAGAACUUUGCAUACAGGCUCGAACUGAAUGGCAACAGACGGAGGCUGACAUGGGAAGCAACACCACGCUCCAUCCAUGACGGUGUGGCAGCAGCUAUCAUGAACAGUGACUGCCUUGUGUUUGACACUGCCAUAGCACAUCUAUUUGCAGAUAACGGGAACCUUGGAAUCAACGUGACUAUUUCUACAUGUUGUCCCUGAUAUUUUUGUGUAACUAGUGAAACCACAUGGUUUCUCUGGGCAUAGUGCUUUCAUGUUUUGCUGAGUUAUUUUUUUAAAAAUGGUAUUCAACUGUUGCCCUGUCUUUUCCUUCUCAUGCAGUUAACAAGCACAUGAGGAAGAGCAGGAUUUUGCCACUAGUGCCAUCACAAACCUGCCAUCCACUUUGGAGUGAUGUAUCUGUAGUGUAAUCUAUAUAUGUACACUCCCUCCAUUGUAUGAAAUCCUGCACAACUGUUAAUCACUGGGUGGAAGUACACCCACAUAGGGAGUGUGUCUUCAUAUGUAAUACAAUUCUUACUCAUCCUGCCAUUUUAUAUUCACUGGGAGUUUUAAAAUCAUAGUUAUCAGGAUAGUUACUAAAGCAAAAUCAGUCUGUCCUUUUAAACCAAAAGGGAAGAGAUAUAUUUUUAAGAGUUUCACUGGAGUUUUUUUAGAGGGAGAAACAAUUUCAUCAUCUUGAAAAACAAAGCUUUUUUUAAACAUAGGGAAUAAAAAUGGUGGGGCAUCCAUCAGAGAUGCAUCUCCUAUGCCUAAAGAGCCCAUCUAACAUGCAUGGAAAAAUGAGGUGCUUAAAUUGAUUACACCACUUCUGGUUACAAGCAGGGAACACCAUAUUUAAACAAUUCCAUAGAAUAGAAACAGAGCACAGCAGAAAUAAUUAAAACUUCCCUGCUAUAAAACUCUGCUACUUAAGGGAUUUUUUUUUACUGUGAGGGAAUUUUUGAAAAUGUGAUCUUUUGCCCGCAACAUGAAGUCCAUUUCUACAACCUCAGAACUUCACUGGUUCGCUGUGCUUCAUCUGUAGGAAGGGGAAGCACACAUUGCUUUAAGCAAAUGAUAAGGCUCUUAACCAUCUUUGUAACAAAAUAUUAAAAAGAAAGAGAAAAUAAAGAGAAUGUGACUGUGUUGGAAUUGCUUUUUUUUUUUUUAGCUUUAACACACAGGAUUUUUAGAUUUCACAUUUUACACAGUAAUGUGUACAGGAGAAGAAGCUACUUUGUCUACUGAGUUUUCUUGCUUUUUUCUGGCUGGUGAAUUGGUAGAGUUUUUAUUUAAAAAAAAUAAGUGUUUUCUAUUAGGAAUGAAGACUUUUUGAAUAUCUGCAAAAUAGGCCCACUUCAUCCACUCAUCCUUCUAUUCCUACAAGAGUUGAGGAGACUCUUUGUCAGAGCUGCUUAGUUAAGGGGUUGCAAUACACACACACACACACAAAAAUAUAUGUAUGUAUGUAUGUAUAUGUAUUUACACAUGGCAUACUUCACAUACAUGACAUUAAUAUUGUAAAAACUGAUCUAGAAUAACAAGGAAAAGUGAUAUGAGGGUUGUCUUGUUUUCUGCUAUUUAAAUUUUUUCUGUUGGCGUAGCCAUAUUUACUCUAGUUUUCUAA